UUCACUCGAUUCAGAGAACCUGUUUGGACUUGUCUAAAGCAAUUGUGCUCUAUCAAAAGAGAAUAUGUUUCUUGUCUCAAGAAGAAAACGAACUGGGAAAAUUUCUCCGAUCCCAAGGCUUCCAAGAUAAAACCAGAGCAGGAAAAAUGAUGCAAGCGACAGGGAAGGCCCUCUGCUUUUCUUCCCAGCAAAGGUUGGCCUUGCGAAAUCCUCUGUGUCGAUUUCACCAAGAAGUGGAGACUUUUCGGCAUCGGGCCAUCUCGGACACUUGGCUGACAGUGAACCGCAUGGAGCAGUGCCGGACUGAAUACAGAGGGGCCUUAUUAUGGAUGAAGGACGUGUCACAGGAGCUUGAUCCGGACCUGUACAAGCAAAUGGAGAAGUUCAGGAAGGUACAAGCACAAGUACGUCUUGCCAAAAAAAGCUUUGACAAAUUGAAGAUGGACGUGUGUCAAAAAGUGGACCUCCUUGGAGCCAGCAGAUGCAAUCUCUUGUCUCAUAUGCUUGCAACAUACCAGACCACUUUGCUUCAUUUUUGGGAGAAAACUUCUCACACUAUGGCAGCCAUCCAUGAGAGCUUCAGAGGCUAUCAACCAUAUGAAUUCACUACAUUAAAGAGCUUACAAGACCCUAUGAAAAAAUUGGUUGAGAAGGAAGACAGGAAGAAGAUCACCCAGCAGGAGAGUGCAGAGACCGCAGCCGAGGGGCCGAGUCAGUUAAUUUCACUAGAGGAAGAAAACCUGCACCAGGAAUCCUCCAGUUUUAAGACUGAAGAAGGAAAACGUGUUUUAUCUGCCUUAGACAAAAACUCUACACAUCAUGCAUGCUCAGAUGAACUAUUUAACAUGAAACCUGAGGAAGGUGCUUGCCUGGGUCCAAUGGCAGGGACCCUGGAACCCGAAGGUGCUGAUAAAGAUGACCUGCUGUUGUUGAAUGAGAUCUUCAACGCUUCCUCCCUGGAAGAGUGCGAGUUCAGCAAAGAGUGGGCUGCUGUGUUUGGAGAUGGUCGACAGAAGGAACCAGCUCCUACUAUGGUCCCAGGAGAGCCAGACGCCAAGCCCCAGACAGGCUCAGGAUUCCUUCCUUCUCAGCUUUUAGACCAAAAUAUGAAAGACUUACAGGCCUCGUUAUACGGCUGGUCUAAGAGCAAUGUCAGGCCUUCUACUCCAUGGCCAGCACCAAAGACGAGCAGUCCAAAUGACAGCAGCCCUACAGCAAAAGAGCCUACUAAGGCCACCUCGGACCUGACUGCCUGGUUCAGCCUCUUCGCUGACCUCGACCCAUUAUCAAAUCCUGAUGCUGUUGGGAAAACCGAUAAAGAACAUGAAUUGCUCAAUGCAUGAGUCCGCAGCCUUGGGAGGCCCACCUGCCACCCUCAGCAACACACCUGGGGGCUGGCAGAUGUAUGACGUGAUCGGUAUGCUGUUUUAAUAUCUAUGUGCCAUUUUAAUAAAACAAAAGGGUCAGAGGCCCUGUUUAUAUUGGUAUAAUUAUUUACUCUUAUUUGGUAUAAAGGGUUUUAUUGUAUUCUCUAUGUGAACCUGACAAUAAAGGAUUGUCUAACAGCAGUGUCCAGGCUGGCCACUCUCCUGCCAAUAUCCGCAUCAUGGCUGCUGUGAGAUCCAAGUUCACAUGAUAAGCCUACCAUGUGUUAGGUUUCAGGAACAUGUCCUACAACCUCAGAGGCAGUGGGAGGCUGGCAAAGCUGAAAUGCCUCCUCUGGUACCCCCAGCCUCUUCCCUUAGAGGGGGCUGCAGGGUGACUCCUUCUUCUGGCCGAGCCACCUUCCAGUGGGCUCUGGACAAAGCGCUGACCAGCCGGAGACACCAUCCCCCAGGCCUUGCCCAAUGGCCGCGUGUUCCCUCAUGGCCAGAGGAGCUGGGCUGGUCUCCGCAGCAUGACCCUUUCUAUGGAAAGUAGCCAUAUCUUCAGAUACUGGGUCUCCUUUUGUCCUCUCUGUGGCUGGAAUUCAAAAGCAUGUAUUUCUGGAGCCCCUUGUGAUAUUAACUUUUUUUUAUUAUUAUUAAACAGAAAAGAUAUUUGA